UGUUUGUACUCAGAUUAUUUGAAGUUGAGAAUCUGAAUUUGGGUUCUGUGAACUUUUAGCGCCUUCAUCCGCUUCUAGGCGGAAUAUCUUGGAUUAUUAUAUUUUUUUAAUCCUGCAGUUUUCAGAGCUUUUCCCGUUUUGCCUCAGCAGCUGUUCGGUUGUAAACCGAGCCGGAGGAAGGACCAGUUCACCUAACGCCCAGCUGAGCAGCUCCAGCUCUGCAUCAUUAAUGCUCAUCUAUCAUUCAUGCUGGUCUCAGUAAAACGCACACCUGUAACGGUACAUCCACCAUCCGCCCCCCUGGCAGGCGGCCUGGCAGCGGCCUGGCAGGUUCACCCCGCUCCCAUCCUCAUGACGGACCCAGCCGAGAAGUUUCCUGCAGGGGAAGCGUCCCGGAUGACCGGCCCCGGUGCCGCCGCUCCCCCCGCGGCGCUCCUCAGCGGGCUGUGGCACUGCGGGUCCGUCCGGAGGAACAGCCGCCUGCUGCCCGGCUCUGUGCCGCCUGGACUCCGGAGCAGAGCCCCGCUCAGGCUGCCGUCCCUGGCGGCCAAAGCGCCCCGCAGGCGGAGCGGCCUGGCCCGCCUCAGCCUGAGCGAGCCGUCCCUCCUCUCCCCGGGUCAGGACCUCCAGGUGGACGGAUGUUCUGGGUCUCGUCUCUCCAGCUGUUUACAGAUGCAGCCUCCACCUCCUCCAACCUUCAGCAAACCCCCGGCUCUGCUGCCCUGCAGGAACUGCGACCAGCAGCACGACCAGCAGCUCCAGAGCUGCGGCCGACCGGCCUACAUCCACUUCUCCCGGGCCAUCCGGCCCGCCGCCCGGCCCGCUCCGGUGAGGCGGCACUCACACAACCCAGAUGUGAGAGCGGAGAUGCUGCAGGGUGACUUCUGGCGCCGCAACUCCUCUUCCUGCCAGGGAGAGACUCUGUUUGUGGUGGGGAAGCCAUGUUUCCAGGGCUGCGGCCCGCGGCCCCCUGCGGCCGCCGGGCCUGCGGGUCGAGCUCAGCUCCACGUCUUUCUGCCCAGCGAGGCCGAACCGGAGGCGGACAGGGAAUCCGUGGAUGAAGGCUUCAUGGAUGAACUGGACUGCAGGAUUACAGCUCUGAAGCUGCAGCACACCCUCACCAACAACUCCUAGAACAGAGUAAUUUCUACCUUGAUCUGACUACAGUGCUCCAACCAGUUUGUGGACCUUGACCUCUGACCCUACCAGGAGUCUGACCAGAAGAGUUUCCUCAUCAGACGUCAGAGCUUAUAUGGAGGGAUUAUUUUAUUUUUUAUGGUGUAAAAACCAUUGGAUGAAUAUUUCUAACAACUGUCAGUGGCACAAAAAGUUUGUAUAAGCUCGAUAUGCUAUGUGGGCGCUGCAUAGAGGGGGCGCCAAACAACGGCGUAAAAUGAAUUCUAGUCUGCAUUUUCUGUAUUUGUCAGCUGUUUAUGGUGUUAUAUAACAGAGUCACGCUGCAACACACACCAGAAAGUACAAAGUUGCAUCACUGUAUGUUAGUCUUAUACUGUAUAUUGUUAU